UUUUGCCUUUACCAGUAGUAGUGAGUGACUCUGCUGUCCCUUCAGUUGAUGUACUGGAGCUGAAAUGAAUGGAGGAACUGGGAAGAGAAGUACUUACCAUAAGAUUGCAUAUGAUGUACUCCAGAGCAGAAGGCCACAAAGUGCUGUAGACUCACUGCUUGAAGCUGCAGAGAUUGGUGAUGAUAAAAAGCUAAUGGAAUUAGUAUCUAAAUAUAGAACAAUAAUCAAUUUAAAGUGUGUGUCAAGUGGAGAUACAGCACUCAUCACUGCAGCUCGUAAUGGACACUCUAAUAUUGUAGAGUAUUUAAUGAAAAGUGGAGCUGAUCCUACACUUCAAAAUGAUAUUGGAGAGAAUGCUCUGGAUGUAGGACCUCCUCACAUAAGGGAUAUUCUAUUAUCUCAACUAUCCAAAGAGAGGCCCUCCACAGCUAACAGGUUAUUGCAAGCUGCUUGGUUAGGGGAUUCUGUCACUGUUAAAAAGAACCUGUCCGGCGGUAUUAUUAAUGUAAACUGUAAGAACAGUGAAGGACUAACUCCUCUAUUAUUAGUAACAAGGGACAUUAAAACAUUUGAUAAAGUUCACAGAGUAAUGAAGACAGAUUAUGAUCCACUAGGUGUGAUGCAAGAACUACUCAAACAUAAAGCUGAUUUAAGAGCAUGUGAUUCCAAUGGACGGACGGCAUUACAUUUAAUAUCAAAUGAAGGAUCAUCAUCAGUUGGUGCAGUCCAGGCUAAAAAAGUAGUCUCACUAUUGCUGCAGAAUGGGAGCUCCACUAACAUAACUGAUAAGAAUGGAUACACUCCGUUGCAUAUUGCAGCAAAGAAUGGACACACAGCUAUCAUAGUAGCACUGCUGGAGGAAGGAGAGACAGACAUUGAUUGUAGAGGAGGAGAGAAUAGAGACACUCCCCUCAUAAUAUCAGUUAGAGAGGGCCAUAAAGAAACUGCAGAAUAUUUAUUGUCAAAAGGAGCUGAUGUGACACUAACUGCUGAUUCAGGAGAUACUGCACUCAGUGUAGCUAAAACAUCAUCAAUGACUGCUCUUAUAAAAGAUGCGUGGGAUAAAUCAAUAGCUAGUGAGCCAAUUGGUGUUCCUUGUGAAGGUAGUGGUACUGAAUCUGAUUCUAACACUGAUAUUAACACUGAUCUUAAUGCUGAUACUGAUACUGAUACUGAUCUUGCUGGAACUGUGACAGCUCCAUUCUUUAUCACACAAAAUAAU